CUACGUACAAAAAAUACCGACCCAAACUCAAUACUACAUUUUUAUAAAACGACGUCUUUUAGACAGGCAUUUUUGUUUGAACCUCUGCCUGAAGUACUGUGGUAGUACCAUGGUACAAGUGGAGGAAAUAUCAUAUUAAAUUCCUUAUAAGUAUGCCAUAAUAUAAUGGUAUUUGCAAUUAUUAUGAUGAUAAAGUAUUUUAAAGAAAUGUAAAUUAUACUAUAUGUUGUACAUAGUAACAAAAAUAAAGGAACGGACUACAAAUUUACAUUGACAAUAUUUCUUAUUUAAAUUUAAUAAUUUAAUAACGCUUUUUACUUUCUAUCUUGUUAAAGACAAACAUUGUUAUGAUCAAAUCAAUCGGCAGCUCUCUCAGGUGCGAGGCGUUUGUUCUUCGCUCACGUUUCCCCUCGCGCUCUUUGAUUGGCUGGAAGGCGGACGCGUGUCGCUGAUUGGUUGAGAUUGUCCUGACAGGAAACUGACGGCGCGGUCAAAAGCGUUCAGCGCCUCAGUCCAAACGCGCAUUGAUGAUAACACAAGGCGAGCGCGCAUCUGCAUCAGGAGUUUUGUUUUUAUGUCGCUCUAGACAGCUUUAUUACUAUUGGAUAUUUUUUUUGUCUGUGUGAUUAAUUGGGGCAACGGGAAGCUAUUCCAAGUGGACUAACUCAGCAAAAGAAAAAUAAUCAUGCUGUGCGUUCGUGGCUCAGGCGACUGUUUCCGGGACCAGAUGCGCUACAUGAUGAGGUCUCUGCAGGAUCUGAAGCAGAUACGAGAACCCGCUGCCCAAUCGAAGUGCUCGUACGCGACUAGAGCCGGUCAAAAAAGGGCGCAGCAGCGGGAGCAGCUCAGUCGCCUGCAGAUCUCCGACGCCAGCGACGUCAGCACCUACGACUCGGCCUGCUGCCUGGCCAGUCCGCUGGAGGAAGAGGAGGACGAGGAGGCCGGGGUUGACCGUCUGCCUCAAGGCUCCCCGAGCAGCGUGAAAAGCCUGGACUUUGAUUCGGGAUACUCCGAAGCGUCGUGGCAGGACGAGGGCGUAGUGUUGAGGCGUACGAGGAACGUGCGCGUUUCAUCUUCGGCGUGUGUCCGCACCAACCGAAUCCGACCCAAGUCCACGUCUGACGCAUGCCUGGAGCGCUGGACGUCGUUUGAGGCCAGCGACCCAACGGACUGGACCACGUCUUUGUUAACCAGGGGCCGUAACAGGCAACCGCUGGUUCUCGGGGACAAUAGCUUUGCCGAUCUUAUUAAGAACUGGAUGGAUCUUCCAGAGUGCCCAGAUUCUGCAGAACUCAAGCCGAACGCCAGCCGCAAAAUAGCCAAGGACUUUCUGGUCAACAUGCGGCGGAAAUUGGCGGGCAUGUCAAAGGGAGUCGAGGAGAGGAAGGCUUGCACUAAACGCAUGUCUUGUCCCGUGGGAUUUCAAGCCCCCAAACCCUUCUUUCACCAGUCCCAUACAAGUUUGCACCAAUUGGGACCAGACUUUUACCAGUUCAGCGCUGUCAUGAAGUCGGGCAGUCGACAGCCUAUCAUAUGCAAUGACGUCAUUGGAUACAUCUGAUGUGUUCAUGACAACGGGCUCGAGUUUACUUUUUAAAAUGUGUAAUAUUGUUCUGUGUAUUAAUAAAUAUUGUAAUAAAUGCUUUUUAUAUAAGAA